AUUUUCUCGAAAACAUUUUUAAAUUUUUUAAAUUCAACUUUUACAAAAACUUUAAAAGUUUGAUUAAUUGUGUCUUAGUGAAGUUAAUGUGACCAAUAAUCUUGAUCAUAUAAAGUUGAAGUGUAAUUUUGUGAAUUUCAUCACUUUUUUUAAGGCACAAAAAUUUUUGCUUGACAUUUUUUCAUAUUUUAUUUUAAAAAUUUAAACGCUGCGCAAUGUCUGACGAGGUUUAUGAGCAAGGCAGUUCCAGUUCUAAGCAAUUUGAAGUCAUUGAACCUCCAAAAUCACCACCAAGUCUUCUCAGCGAUGCAAAUUUGAUUAAAAUUGAUAAAAAAUUAAUCUUUAAAUUAUCAAAAGAUGGCAAAAAUGUAAAGAAGGAAGUCAAAAGUAUCUGCAAAGUCCUUCAUUUCUCAUCCGAGUGGAGUUUUGAGGAAGUCAUGACAACUAUUGAUGGAUUGGACCCUAAAGAAAAUCCACAACUGUUCAUUUUCAUGAUUGAGGCAACAAAUUUGGGAUUUUCUUCAAAUAAUCAGGAUGAUUCAUCAGCAAAAGUAGCACAAAUACAUCAAAUGCUGCUCAAAUUCAGCCUCACACGUCCAAUGAUCCUCCAACUUACGUCUGAAGAUGAAAAUAUGUCAAAAUUUUACUACAAAGAUGAAAAUUCGAACCAAUUUGAUGUUGUUGAUGAUUUGCAGCAUAAGAUUGAGAACAUCAACAGUUUUUCAACAUUUAUGAGCUGUUUUCUGGAUAGGAACUUAGUCAGUACUGAGAAUAAGCUGCUUGGCAUGCUUGACCAACUCCAAAAUUCAUCUACUUUUUUGAGAUUCCUUAAAACCUUGAAAUUAAGCGAUAAAUUCUUCCAAAAGUUGGUUCUUAAAUGUUCAAAAAACUCAUCAUUGGCUGAAUUUAUGGCUGUUUUGGAUGUUCCAUUUGAAAAUGACCAAAUGACUCUAAAUUGUAAAGCACAAAGCUACUUGUCUCAAGUAUUUAAAGGUAGUCAACCUCUGGAUGUAUCAACAUCAGUUCUUCUUACAGCUGUAGAGAACCAAAAUGUAGAAGUCAUCGACUAUUUAUUAUUGGAUCUUACUCAUUUUAUCCAGCAACUUCCAUUUGAUCAUCAAGUUAAAGUUUCUACAUCUGCCUUUGAGAGAGGUCAACUUCAUGAUUUCUGCAACUUGAUUGAUGUUGCUGACUUUCCAUUUCCUGAUAAGUUCAAAAAGGAACCAACUGAGCAUGACAGAUUUGAAGCAAUUGUUGAAGAACGAGCAGAACUUGAAGCUGCAAUAAAAGAAGAAAAUUUUGAUGGCAUUGCCAAGUAUACCAAAAUAAAUCAAAACCUUAAAGUUGUUUAUAACAUCAACAAUAAAUCAGCAUUAAGUCUAGCUGCUGAAUUUGAGAAAUUGAGUGCAUUCAACUAUUUAAAGUUGAGUGGUUUCAAAACAACAAAUCCGAAUGAAAAACUUGAAGAAUGUGAAAAAAAGACGAGGAAGUUUGUAGCACAACAGAGGAAGCAAAAUGUCAGCACAGCUUUAAUUGAUGACGAAAGGUCUGUUAAUUUACUGUGCAAUAAGUCAGUAAUUUGCAACAAGAGAAUUAGUAAGGAACAAGAGAUGAAAUAUAGGAAGAAGAUCAGGAGCUGGUUUGAAGACAUCAGCAAGAUCCAAAAUGGUUCAGAAUUUCUUGAUGUUGCUGCUUCCUGUCCUAAGCUGACAAUCAUCUUUGAUUUCGAAAAUAAAACGGUAGAAAAUGUCAGCUUAUCCGGACCAAAUGUAGAAGGUUCCAUGUAUCCGUUAUCCAAGUGGAUCUUCGUUGGUGCUAAAUUGAUUGAUGAUUCUGGAGCACAGCGUGAACAGAAGAUCAAAGGAGUUUUGGCACACGAACUGUGUCAUUAUGUCAUGCGACUAGUUUAUGAGAAUCAGGAGAUGCCUUACUAUAAGGACAGCAAUGAUAUGAAGAAUAAGUUUAAGGCAAUUGUCAAAACUAUCAACAAGUGGACAACAGAAGAUUUAGAACGUCCUGAUGAUAAGUGCAAUGGAAUCAUUUCAUCAGUUUUUACAGCAUAUAAAGUUGAGGACUUCCAUCCAGAGCUGAUCGUCCGAGUUGUCCAAAUCCUGUCAAAUUUUGAUGAUUCCGAAGAGAAAGUGAAGCAUCUUGAACUAAAAUACAAAGUUCUCUUUGAUUUCUGGUUCAAUCAAGUUGUUCCUGAUCUUCAAAAGUAUCUUCAAAGAAAUGAAGAAGUAAUCAGGUUAAAUAGAACUAUUGAACUGCUUCCUGCUAUUCAAAAACUUAAAAUUAAGCUCCUUAAUCAAGAUAAAGUAACAAAAAUAACUGAGAAUAAAGUUGUUGUGGUAAAGACGAAUGUACCGAAGCUGUUGCUCAUCAACAUCCAUGAAGACCUCCAGAAGAAAGAUCGAAGCUUGUUUAAUUCACAAAAUAUUUUUAUUGAUCCUGAAAAGCUUAAAAACCUACAACUUUGGGAUGAUUAUAAUUCAAUAUGUUCUGACAAUCAGGAACUAAGCAUCUUUGUGGACUGCACACAUGAAAUUCCGGAUAGUCUGGGAAGUAUUUUCAUCAACAAGGAACUAAAUUUCAUAUUUAUUGUGUCAAAUGAGGUCCAAUGUGAAAAAGUCAAUGAAAUUUUUAAGGAACAGGAAAUUAAAAAUGCAAUAAAAUUGGAAGUAACUUACAACUGGAAAGACUUGACAGAAGGAAGUCAAAAUUUGAUGUUGAAAACCAAAAUUAACUUCCAAAAUAAUUCACAAAUUUCAUUGUUGGAUCUUGUAAUGAACAGAAUUGAAACUGAGGAACCGACAACCAGCACAGCAGUAGAAAAUGACAAGGAAGACAUUAAUGAUCUGAUAGAUGAACAGCUUUUGAACUUAGUCCUGGAAAAUCAUCAAGUUUUAAUCAACUCAAAUGAAAAUGAUGACAAAAAUUUUGACUUGCUUUACAAAAAAAGAGGUUUUGUUAAAAAGGUUAUAAUAACUGCAGAGAAUGAGGAAGAUGAGGAUUCGGAGGAUGAAAAAUCAGAAGGAUUAUUUACAAAAAUUCUCAACGUUUUUCUUAAAAACAAACCAAAAAAUAUAAAUUUAAUCAGAAGAAAAAUUAAAAGCGAACAAAUUUCACAAGAAAAACUUCUUGAAGAAUCCAAAAACCAGCAAUACGUCCUCAUCUCAGAUUAUGCUGGAAAUGGCAAAAGUUGGGCGAUGAAAAACUUGUCGAAAAUCCUUCGAGAACAAAAUCCAACAAGUUGGGUGAGUUAUGUGGACUUGAAGCAGUUCAUUGACCAGUUUAAGGCACAAAAAGCCGAGCCAGACUUUUCAUCUUUUAUGAUCGAGCACAUUUUAAAGCCACAACAGCAAUUUGAGGCCAAAAUAUUUCAAAAACUUUACAAGGACGGCCGAGUUUUCAUUCUUUUUGAUGGAUUUGAUGAAAUUGCUCCAAAUUAUGCUGAAUUUGUGUCUAAAUUGGCACAGAACUUUCAACAAAAUGGCGGAAAUCAGCUGUGGAUUGCAACUCGAGACUAUUUUGAGGUUGAUUUGAUGGAAAAACUUAAGCUUAAUGUUGCUUAUAGUCUUGAUGAGAUGACAGAGUAUGAUGGAAUUGACUUGAUAGCAAAAAGCUGGCUAUUGAUGGAUUUACAGAAAGACAAUAAUGAGCCAAAAUCUAAAAAAGAGUUCGACAAGUUCAUUAAAUCGUCGCCAAAAUAUGAAAAUUAUCAACAAAAAGCUCGAAAAAUAAUCAAAAAAGCUGAAAUUUCAAGAUAUAAUUCAGUUGGACUUCCUCAAUUGUUUAAAAUGAUUGCUGGUGGAUUCAAAGAUGAGGAAAAUGUUGAUGACUUGCAAGGAAUUAAAAUCUACGUUAAAUUUAUAGACAUUCUUUACAAAAGAUGGUCACAGGGCAAAGGUCAAAUCAGAGACGAAGCAAAUGUCAAAAGUCAGCGAUUUAAGCUUAGUUUCUACAAUUUUCAUCAAUUUCAAGCAGUUUUAAGUUUGUUCCCAGAAUUGGCUAAAAUCUUGUUUCCCAAUUAUGAUGGCAGUGAAUGGCCACAGGAAGAAGUCAUCGCUUGUGCCUUAAUGAGCAUAAAAAAUGGAAAAAUUUAUUUUCCUCACGAGACAUUCCGAGAAUAUUUUGUGGCUGAUGCUAUUGUUAAUGCUUUACAAAAUAAGGAAACAGAAAAAAAAGUUUUAAAAUUUGUGGAAAAAAUUUUUUACACCGAAAAAUUUAAAAUCAUCAAAAUUUUUAUUUUAAAUGCAAUUAAUGAAAAAUCUUUACUGGAAAAAGUUAAGCCACAAAUGGAGAAGCUGAUUUAUUGUGCAGAUAGUUUUGGACUGAUUUUUACCGAAAAUCUUGAGAAUCUUGCGGAUUUUUCAAUUAAAGUGCUUAAAAAUGGAAAUUAUAAAAGCGUUAAGGAUGUGUUGGAUAGAAAUACUGAGAUUAUUGUAAGGAACAUCAAAAGUGCAAAACUGUUUUCAAAAUUUCAAGAUUUUAUUUUUGUUUUCUUAAAAAUCGACGACUUGAAAGUUUUAAUCCUCAAAAGCUGUGUUCUUCAAAGAAUCGUCAAAUCAAGUCUCGGAAUUGAAAGUUUUAAAAAUUUUGUGACAAGAACAAAAGAAAAAACUGAUCGAGAAUUUAUCAGACAAGGAUUGAUGGUGAGGAGCAGUGAUCGGCAUAAAGGCAACAUUUUUUACUUCUUGACUGAAUCCACAAAUUUAAAUGCUCAAAAAGUCCAGAAAUUCUUAAAAAUCAUGGAAAAGUUCUUCGCAGCCACUGAAAUAAUUGAAUUAAUGAGCAAAUGCGACGCGGAAGGACGAAAUAUUUUACAAGUUUGUGUUUGGGUAAAAAACGAAGUAAAUUUGAAAAUUUUGUGGACAGAAAUUGAAAAAUAUUUUGAAGCCAAAAAUUUACCAAAAACUUUUAAAAAACUUGUUAAGCAACAAGACAGGUUGAAAGAAAACAUUCUUCAUUAUGCUGCCAAUUGUGACAAGAUUGAAGUUCAUGAGACUUUAUGGGAACUUUUGCUCAAAAAAAUUGAAGAUCGAGACGAAUUAAAGGAUUUUAUUCUGGACAGUUUUGUAAACAACUUUGUUCAUGAACUUGUGAAGGAAAAUUUAAAUCCAGCAAUAAUUGAGUUGACAUUUAAAAAUCUAAAAGAAAACUUCAGCGAUGCUCAAUUUCAAGAAAUUUUAACAUCAAAACAAAGGUGGGAAAUGAAUUUGCUUCAAAAUGCUGCAUUGUGGUCAAAAGUCAUCGAAGUUCAUCAAUUUUUAUGGAAAUUUUUCCGAGAAUUUUGUGGAACUGAUGCAAAGUAUUUGGAAAUGCUCAAAGAAGUCGAUGAAUUAGGACAAAAUAUUCUUCAAAUUGCUGCCGAAAAUGCAUCGAGUGAAGUUUUUGAGUUUUUGAUUCAAGAAUUAGAAAAAAUUGCAUCAAGAGAUGAAAUCAGGCAAAUGUUAAGGAAUUCAAAUAAGUUGAAUCAAAAUUUGUUGCAGUCAGCAGCAAGUUCGAACAAAUCUUCAGAACUUCAUAAAACUUUAUGGAAAACUUUGCGAAAAUAUUUUGAAAAAUCAGAAAUUUUGCAGUUUAUAAAAAAUGUUGACGUCGAUGGAAAUAAUCUUCUUUUUAAUGCUGUAAAUGGAUGGAACAAAAAAGAAACUGUGGAACUGACUUGGAAUGAAUUUAAAAGUUUUUUGACGCACGACGAACAAGCUGAAUAUUUAACAAUGAAAGGAAAAGAUGACAAAAAUUUAAAGCAAAUAUGUAGCAAAUACGAUAAGGAACUAAGCGCAUGGAUUGAAUCCCAAAUAAAAUAUUACAAACUAGUUUUUUAAAAACAUUCAAAUCCAAUCAAACUUAUAAAAUACCCCAGAUUAAAAGUUUAUUUCGUACCUUUAAUUU